AUAAUGGCCGAUCAUUUACUUGUGAAAACCGUUCAUUGUCGAUAUUGAAUGUCAUAUAUUCAGAAACCGUCAUUUGAAUGAACAUUUGAAUGUCCACCCUCACAGUCUGUAUUCUUCAAAGGCAUUUUGUGUUUUCCAUUUUAUGUGAAACCCUCAUUAUUCUUUGAUUUCCUCCCAAUCUCUCAUCUCUUUCCUAUUUUUCCUAUUACAAAUCUGCAACCAAGAGUCUCAAGUUUCAACACACCCGCCACACACCUUUGUUCGAAGUGCUUGUGGUACAGCGAGAAAGAGAGGCGCAAUAUCGGCUAGGGUUUUAAGCACGGUUGACUUUCCGGCGGCUUAAUACGACCCCUCUCCGACAAUCGUCACUGAAACUUUUUGUUUCUUCUCUUGCCUUUGGUUCUGUUCAGAUCAGUAUAAAUUAAUUUUGGGAUUUAAUUUAAUUUGGUCUUCGAUCUCAGGUUGUUGCAUUUGUAAAUUGAAGGUAACUUCUUCUUUGAUCCAGUUGUUACCAUGGGGUUCGUCAAAGAUGCUAAAGCUCAUAUUGACGUUCAAGGGUUUAUCAUAAAAAUCGACUCAUUAAGCCAUUUUGGAGACUCUGGAAUAGUACAGGAAGUGACGGUCGUGGAGUAAUAGGUGUGUUGGAGGCUAAUUUUGUAGAACCAGCUCAUGAUAAACAAGGAUUUGAGUGCACCAUUGUUCUUUCAAGACUUGAAACACGUCUUAUUCAGAUGCAGAAGACAGAUUGGCGUACUUACUGCCAUAAAAUUGGAUAUGCUCCAAGAUUCAGUAAGGGCAGCAUGGUAGAGGAUAAAGGUACACGAUAGUUUGUAUUCGUUUUGUGCAGAUUGAGACUGAUAAAGUGAGCGAUCUUUCGCUACGAGGCUUCUAAGCGAAACGUAAGGGAGAAGAAGCAAAACUAUCCGUUAACCAUCGCGUAGCAAUCGACGCUCCGCGUGGUUUCCUUUUUGAAUGGUGGACGGUUUUCUGGGAUAUCUUUAUUUCUCGGUACAAACACCACCAAGGUAUUAUGGAACCUAUCAAUGUGGAUUUUAGAGUACCACAACAGCAUCAGCAAGGAAGUCGACAUCAAAGUCAAAUGGUCAAUGCAAACAACGUUGGUACCGGAAAGAACGCUUGGGUUGCCGAGGCGUCAACCACAAUGAGGCAAGCGAUUCCCAAGCAAUGAUAUGGAGACAAUGCGGGCUUAAUUAUGAAUCACAUUAAUUCAAUGAGUAACCAGCCGAUUCCGUAUCAGAAGCAAUUUUUGGACAUAAGGAAUAUGAUAAGUUCUUUGAUCAAUCAAAGUGCUCAAGGGUCCGAGGGUUUACCAAGGGGAGCUCAUGCAGCUGCUGGAACGUUAAAUAUUAUAACUUUAAAGGGAUGGCCGUUAACGCAUAAAUUAUCAUCACUGUGGGGCACCAAAAACAUGGUACGGAAUUCCCGGUAGUGCUGCUGAUGAGUUUGAGAAAGUUAUCCAGAAUCAUGUUUACACUAGAGAAAUAUUAUCAACAAGCGGGUCAGAAGGAGCCUUUGAGAUGCUUGCAGAAAAAACAACUAUGUUUUCUCCAAAGAUCCUGUUGCAGAAUCACGUUCCGGUUUACAAACUUGUACAAUUACUGGGGGAGUUCGUUGGCACGUUUCCUAGAGCGUAUCAUGCCAGUUUCAGUCACGGCUUUAAUUGUGGAGAGGCGGUGAAUUUUGCAGCUCGUCACUGGUUCCCGUUUGGUGGGUCUGCUAAUGAGUGGUAUGCAUUUCUUCAAAAGAAGCCCAUUAUCCCUUAUGAGGAAAUUCUCUGCAAAGAAGCUAUGCUUCUUUCCUAAAAAAACCUAAAAAAGAUUAUACGUGUGACCCUGAUGCAGAUUUUAACCGUUUCAUCAAGGGCCAGUUUGCAUCUCUUAUACAUAAAUAUGAUGAUGCAAUACAAUUGUCGACUCCGCGGCAACGCGCGGGUUUCCCACUAUAUUAAAAGGGUUUGUCUCGCUCAGGUACUUUGGAAUGCAGGUGUUGACCACGUCUCUCCAACCAUGGCAAUUGCCAUCUCGAACUUAGGUCCUGGAAUUACAUUCUUGAUUGCAGUAUUUUUCAGGUUGGAGAAAUUAGACACAACAAUUUCAAGUGUAGCAAAAUUAUUGGGUACCAUGAUAUCAAUAUUGGGAGCAAUGGUGUUCACACUCUAUCAAGGCCCAAGAAUGUUUCAUAUCAAUUCACCCAACCAGCUCUUUUUGUCACAACCAUCAGAAUGGAUAUAUGGGAGUUUAAUUAUCCUUGUCAGUCUCAUCUUCGGUUGCAUAUGGGUUGUAUUACAGGCAGCAACAACUAUAGAGUAUCCAGAUCAACAAACCAUUGUCUUUUUCUUUAAUCUCUUCGGGACAAUUCAAUGCAUCGCUCUUUCUCCUUUCGUAGAACAAAAUCGAAGUGCUUGGGUGCUUCGACCCGAAACUGGGGUGACUGCUGUUGUUUUGGGGAUUGACUUGUUCUAUUUAAAGGCAAUUUAUACCACUGCGGUCCGAUGUAGUGUUUUCACUUGGUGCCUGCGGAAGAAACGCCCAAUUUUCGUGGCCAUGUUCUCACCCCUCUCAAUCGUUAUCGCAAUGAUCAUGGGUGUCACAUUUCUUGGUGAUUCACUUCACUUAGGAAGUGUCAUUGGAACCACGAUAAUUUCUUUUGGGUUCUACACGGUUAUAUGGGGGCAAACCAAAGAAAAGAACAAGCUACUGGCAGUCACUAGUGAAGAUUUGGAUGUUUCAGGAUCAGAAUCAUCUGCUGACGAAACUCUCCCUCUUCUUUCAUCCAGAUAUCAAUAAGAAUGUUAGUUUAGUAAGCAUACAUUAAUGUGCAAGUAGACUGAUGGUUAAGUUAUCAUAGGGAAUGAGAUGUUUGAAUGAAUAAUCUAGUUAGACUA